AUGGCUUUCUCUGAGUUUCCUUCAACAGCUACUCUGAAAAGACUACCCCACCGUGAUCUUCAUGAACUUGCUAAGAAAUAUGGGCCCAUUAUGAUGUUGAAAUUGGGUUCUGUUCCCACUGUUGUGGUUUCUUCUUCGGCCAUGGCAAAGGAGUUCUUGAAAACCCACGAUAAGGUUUUUGCCAGCCGACCUCGUACUGCUGCAGGAAAAUAUAUUGGCUAUAAUUUCAAAGAUCUGAUUUUGUCUCCUUACGGGCCUUAUUGGAGACACAUGAGGAAGCUGUGCGUGGUAGAAUUGCUGAAUACCAAAAGGAUCGAUUCUUUCAGAUGUAUACGAGAGGAAGAAAUGCUUUUGGCUAUUCGUUCAGUGUGGGAGAUGUCUGGGCAGGGUAAGAAGCCUGUUAAUCUCACCAACUUGUUUUCAUCGUUUGUGCAAGCAGUCAUGUGGCGUAUCCUUGCCGAUACCAAAUUUUCUUUUAAUGGCGACACUCAUCUUGGUGGUCAUGGCGAAGAGGUAAAGAAGAUGGCAUCUGAGGUGGCAGCUACAGUAGGAGCUGUCAAUAUUGGGGACUUCAUUCCUUACUUAGACUGGUUGGACUUGCAAGGAGUGAAACGACGCAUGAAAAAGGUACACAACUCCUUCGACCAAGUGAUUAGUAAAAUAAUAGAGGAGCACCAGCAGCGCAGGAGGGAAUUCCACAAGGAAUCUGAUACUAAGGACAUCAUUGACGUGCUCUUGGAAAUGGAGAGUCUCGAUGGAAGAGAAGUCACAGAGGAAAACAUUAAAGCCAUUGUUUUUGAUAUUUUCGUUGCUGGAAUUGAAACAACAUCUACUUCGUUAGAUUGGGCAAUGAGUGCGAUUCUUAAAAAUCCUGGCGUGGCCAAAAAAAUGCAAGAGGAAAUCGAUUCAGUGGUAGGCAGAGAGAGGACUGUAAAUGAGCGUGAUAUAUCAAGCUUGGAGUACGUGCAGUGUGUAGUGAAGGAGACAUUGAGGUUAUAUCCAGUGGUACCCUUAAUGCUUCCACAUGAAUCCACAGAAGAUUGCACAGUUGAUGGAUUCUUCAUUCCUGAUAAAAGCAGGCUUAUUGUCAAUGUUUGGGCUAUCGGAAGAGAUCCAUCCUUGUGGGAAGAUCCCCUGGAGUUCAAGCCAGAGAGAUUUAUGGGUAAAAACGUUGAUGUUGUGAGAGACAAAGACUCUUUUGAUAUGGUGCCAUUUGGAGCAGGAAGGAGAGGAUGCCCGGGGGCAGCCAUGGCCGUUGUGACGAUGAACCUUGUAUUGGCUCAACUCGUUCAUUGGUUCGAUUGGAGCGUGGAUGGGGACUUGGAUAUGACGGAAAUCUUUGGAGCUGCCACGCCCAGGAGUGUCGACCUUCUCGUUCGUCCUACACUGAGGCUAUCCACCUGCCCUUAA